AUGGACAUGGUAUCUGUGCUAUUAGCCGGUACUCCAGAGACGAACAAUAUACUGAAUGAUGACACACCGGAUCAAUAUGAACAUAUCUUUACUCUCAGCGGAAUAAGUCAGCCGAAUUUGAAGCUGUUACGUAAACUACAAACUGUAUCCACAUCAAAAGAAACAGACCCACCAGCAGAUGUGUUGGAUGCUGUUAUUGUGGCUAUUCAAAUGAUAGUAGAUCAUUGUCGAAAGCUGAAAUAUCAAAAGCGAAUUGUUUUAUUCACCAAUGCGGAACAGCCCAUCGAUUGGGAUGAUAUGGAUGCAGUGGGUGAGAUGAUGGAAGCCAAUGAUAUAUCUCUGAUUGUCGUUGGCAGCGAUUACGAACCUUAUGAAAAUGCCGACGCAGAUAACUGUACGGACGUCAUGAAGACGAACUAUGAGAAUUGGAAUACACUCACCAAACGCACACCAGAGGGUGAAGUUUUGAGUUUAGCUCAGGCUUAUGAGGACAGUCAAGCAGAUUACGCGAAAGAAGUGCGUCCAACUCCCUCUUACAGAGGAUUCCUGUACUUGGGUGAUCCUGUCGGCCCACAUUCACAAGCAGACGACGAGGACGACGCUUCUCAAAUGACGGACAGCACUUUAAACCAUUUUCUUGCCAUCCCAAUCUUCACCUAUCUCAGGACAAAACCAGUACCGUUACCUAGCUUUAAAAAAUACGCAACGAAUGAUGAUACCAGGAUGGAUGUGGAUAGUGCAACAGACGGGACGUCUCAUAAAGUGACGUACGAAACAAAGCUGACGAUUGAAGAUACUAAAUUAGACGAGGACGGAAAUGAAUUGGAUACAGAAGAGAUAGAAAUAACAAAAGACCAAGUCGAUAAAGCCUUUCGAUUCGGUAAAACUGCUGUCAAAAUAUCUGAAGAAGAGCUUCAAUUAGAAAAGCAGAAAAUGACGACAAGAAAACAAAUGUCUAUUCUUCGAUUCAUCCCGAAAAAAGAGUUCCCUCGUAGCUUCUUAUGCUCUCAUGCAAGUGUCAUUAUGCCUGGAGCUUACAGUACAGACGCAGCCAAUUUAGCGCUGAGAGCGUUGGCGUAUGCUAUGUCUGAGGAGAAGGUAAUUGCUCUUGUGCGCUAUGUUUAUACGGAUGGCGCUGCGCCUAUGCUUGGUAUUCUGGACCCUGCAUUUAUUGUGGGAACAGAUGAAGUUCCUGAAACUUUCAUUCUUCACUACUUUGAGACGACGUUUGCUGAAGAUAUUCGGGACUACGUGUUUUUGCGGUUAAAUAUGAAAGAUGUUGAACAAACGCUCGAAGAUCAAAUGGACAGUCUCAUAGAUGCAAUGGAAUUAGAUAGCAUUGACGAAUCUUAUUUGAUGCCAGAAACGGUCUACAAUGGUCUUAUAUGGAGAGUGCACAAAGCGAUCAAAACACGAGCUCUUAACCGUGAAGCUCCUAUCCCUGAUAUCAAAGAUUCGGCCAAACCUGCUUUUCAAUUGCACAAGAAGUUUAUUGAAAAGGCUUCUGAAAUAAGUCAACAUAUAGCCAAUACGGUUAAAGUAAGAGAAGUGAAGAAGAAGGGCAAAAAGAGAAGUAGAGAUGCGGAAGAAGCUGAGCAAGAUUUUGCUGCCGAGUCAGGCAACAUUGAUGAACUUUUGGAUAAAACUGCAGCUGCAGGAGCAUUUGGAGGAUCUUCGCUUACAGGUAUAACAGCCGGAAGUCAUCUUAGCGGACAGCCUUCCGGUAGUAUAGCUACAGACAAUGGUCUAUCAGGUAUGAGUGGGGACAGCAGUACGAGCAUGAUGGAUAACAAAGCAGAACGUGUCGGUUUGAAUCACCCCGUGGAAGAUUUCAAAUCUCUCUUGAACCGAAGUUCUGAUGUGGAUAUGGUGAUUCCUGCUAUGAAACAGAUGAUUGAGGCCAUUCAUGAGCUGUUAAAGAUAUCUUUUGGUAAUCAAAAUUACAGAAAAGUCAUCAAAUGUUUGAAAGCUUUGAAAGAGACGGCAAUGGCAGAAGAGGAGGCAGUAUUGUAUAAUACGCAUGUGCGAGAGUUGAAACAAUGGUGUGAUCUGCCCGACAAGUUUUCUCCACAUCGGGAGUUAUGGGAAAUGAUGAAGAAGAACAAUCUUGGCUUGUUAACAAACAAAGAUACAACAGACACUGACAUCGCUAAUAUCACUCAAGAGAUGGCAGAAGAAUUUUGGAAUGAAACGGAUUUAAAAGAGCAAGUUCAAAAGAAAAAGGAAGAUGAAGAUCUUGUCGAAUUUGAAGAAGACUUGGAUGAUUUGAUAUAA